AUGACAGAACCGCAGCGGCCGCCGAGCCGCGGCGGCCCAGUGCAGGCCUUGGCCUCUUCUUCGUCGUCGCGGGAGCUUCGGCGUAGGGGCGCGAGUGCCUCCCUUGCGCUGCCGCGGCGCCCGUCGCCGCCGACCGCGCGAUCCUCUUUCGCGCCCGCUGCUCCCCCAGCCUCUUCUUUUUCUACUUCUGUGCCUUCUCCUGCGUCUGUGUCUUCCGUCCCUCCUGCCUCUUUGGUGUCUUCUUCCACUCUCUUUCCUCGUUUGCUUCAUGUGACGGCACUGGGAGCGGGACAGGACGUAGGGCGGAGCGCGGUGUGUGUGCGCGUGGGGUGCCGCUGCGUGAUGUUUGACUGCGGCUGUCACUUGGGCAUGAAGGACGCGCGCAAGUUUCCGCUCUUCGACAAGCUCGCCUCGCUCGCACUGGAGCAGGGGAGAGCGGAGAAGCGCGAGAGUCUUUUGGUGGGCGGCGACGACGAGACGGUCCCCGCGUCCAGCCUCGAAGCAGAGAGACUGAGAAAGAGGGCGCGAGAGGACGUGGAGGCGAGGAGAGAGAGAUGCGCAAGUCUGCAGGACGUGCGUGGAGCCGAAGAGAGAACGCGCUCAUCCUCACACUCCAGAGAGCGACGCCUGUCUCCUCAGCCUCCGAACGCGCGCGCGGCGGGCAGGGCCGUCUCAGGCGAGCGCGAUGACCGUGGCUCGCCCUCGCCGCGCGGGCACUCCGACAGUCUGCAGCGCGCGGCCUCGCUCCCGCGAUCAGCGCAGGUAUUCGCCGCGGCGGAUGGAGAGAGUUCGUUUUCUUCUUCUUUGCUGUCACUCGAGGCACUGCUCCGACAGCCGCGCGGCAUUUUCUCGCAUGCAGUCGACGCAUGCGUCGUGACGCACUUCCACCUCGACCACUGCGGCGCGCUGCCCACCUUCACCGAGGACCUUCAAUAUCGAGGCCCGGUGCUGAUGACGUUUCCGACGAAGGCGCUGAGUCCGUUGCUUCUACUCGAUUGCGCGCGAGUGGGGCGGGAUCGCUUGCAGCGAGGCCGCCUGCAGCAGGCCUACGCCGCGGCUGCGUCGGCUGCGUCGGCUGCGUCGCCCGCGCCUGGCGAGCGCGAGCGCAGCUCGCACGCGCUGUUUGAGGCGCCGCAUCCCCACGCAGCAAAGACUGCGGCGAACGCCGCGAUGGGGUUGACGCGCGGCCGCGGCGCGCUGCGCAGCGAGAAGAAGGCUGCGCAGGCCGCGGUCGCGUCCACCCCGCCGGUCGCGACUCCGGCGCCUGGAUCCCUAUGGACCUUCGGCGAGGGCGACGUCCACGAAAGCCUCAGGCGCGUGAAGGCCCUGAGGCUCCACGAGACCUGGAGCAGCGCGGAGGAGGAAAAGCAGAGCGACGCAGGCGACGGGGGGGACGCCGAGGCCGGCGAAGAGAUCCAGCUGACUCCGUACUACGCCGGCCAUGUCCUCGGCGCCGCCAUGUUCGAGCUGAAGAUCGGAAAAACCAAAGUUGUGUACACCGGAGACUACAACACGCUUCCAGAUCGACAUCUCGGCAGCGCGUCGAUCCCCUGCCUCCGCCCCGACGUGCUGAUUUCCGAGUGUACCUACGCCUCGUUCGUCCGCCCCAGCAAGAAGACUGUCGAACGCGACUUCUGCGCGAUUGUGCAUGACACACUCACCAAGGGCGGCAAGGUUUUGAUUCCAGUCUUCGCCGUCGGACGGGCGCAGGAGCUCUGCAUGCUGCUGGAGAAUUACUGGGAUCGCAUGCACCUGGAGUUUCCGAUCUACUUCGCGGGCGGCAUGACAGAGCGCGCGAACGCCUACUACCGCCUCUACGUCCACUGGAGCAAGGCGGAGGCCAACGCAGACGCCGACGAUGAAGACGCCCUGCCGACGUCGGCCUUCUCGUUUCCGCACAUUCUGCCCUUUCAGUCUUCGCUCCUGUCUGCACCCACUCCGCUGGUGCUGCUGGCGACGCCAGGCAUGCUGCAUGGCGGCCUCGCGCUGAAGGCGUUGAAGGCGUGGGCGAGCGAGCCUGCGAACCUCGUCCUGCUUCCGGGGUACUGCGUGCGAGGGACUGUCGGGGCCAUGCUCAUCGCAGGGCAGCGGCAAAUCCCGCUCGACGGCCACGCGACGCUGAACGUGAAGUGCAAAGUGCGCUACAUGUCUUUUUCGGCGCAUGCGGACACGACCGGCAUUCAGCAGCUUGUCCUGAACACGCAGCCCCGCAGCGUCGUCCUCGUGCACGGAGAAAAGGAGGGCAUGGAGCGACUCGCAAACGUCAUCCGGAAAGACUUCAACAUCCCCGUGUUCACGCCGGCGACUGGGCAGACAGUUUCCAUUCCGGUGGCGCGUCCACAGCGCGCAGUUCCGGUGUACGUGCACCUCAACUUCCUCCGGACCGCCGUGGCCGCUGCAGCCGCCGCGGGUGCCCCAGGGCAAGCGGCUGGCAGCACGCAGCAGAGAGAGGAGCUCGCCAGACUCGUCGCGAGCUGCACAGAGGGAGACGACGAGCUUCGGCGCGUGCUUGUUUCCUCCGGCUUCGCCUCGCUGCUUGGCCUGGAACCAGGCAGCCUCGGCGACGCAAGAAGAGGCUCGCCGUCUCUCUCAGCGGGCUCCUCCCCCUGCGUCGUCUCUUCGGGCGUGCUGCCUCGCUACUUCCCCUUCCUGCCUGCGCCUCCUGCGCUGCUCUUCAAGCUCUCGGCGUCGGGAGCUCCUCCGCUCGAGUCCUCGUCUGAUCCCGACGUCGCGCCGCGCGCAGAUUUCGCGGACGGCAACGCGCGCUACCUUCUCGUGGACGUGGAGACGCUGCGCGAAGCGGCCAAGGACGCGGCGAUGUACGGUGCGGGCUCGCUUCUUCGGCAUCUCGACAACGCGCGAGGCUCCGUGCCCUCCGCCCCUUCCUCCUCUUCUUCGCGGAUGGCGUCCGCGGAGGGUGUGGCGUCGACGGAGUCGUCGUUCGCUGCGUGCGAAUCUCCUGCGUCCAUCCUUGCGGACUUUAGCGGCACGGCGGAGGCUGCGGUUCCCUCGUGCCUGCGCCUCCACUGCGUCCGCUACUCCAAGCGCGCCACGAUCGCCUUCGCGGCCUUCCGCUCGCUUCUGCAUCUCUUUUUUGAGUACUUUGCGCAGUGUCACGCCGCCUGCGCGCAGCGCAACGGCGAGGCCUCGGGAGCAGCCGCCGCCGCCCCGCCCGCGGAACUCUCCGGACCGCUCCACCUCGGCGUCAACGUCAAGGUGCAGACGAUAGGAGGAGGCACGGAGCCGCGCAGCGACGCCCAGGCGGGCGAGGGCGCCCACGUAGACUGCGCUCGAGAGGCCCGGCAGCCGGAGGAGAACGCGCAGGGAGCAAACGCCGACGAAGACGCGCCCGUCCUCGUCGCGUUUCUCUCCUUGGUGGCAGUUCACGACGGCCGCGAGACGCUGCGCAUGCAGUGGGCGGAAGAGGAUGAUCAUCCUGGGAGCGCCGUCUUCGUCUUCGUGGAGUUCUUUUCCUCUUUCGACUCCACGACGGGCGAAACGGGCUCGCACGGCUCCUCCGAGAAAGGCCCCGCGUCUCCUUUCUCAGUCAAAACUGAGCCGUAA